AGUUAUUAGUCCAACCGAAAAAAAAGAAAGAAAGAAAUUUGAGGAGGAAACGGACGAUUUCGUGUUGUAGAAUAUUCUGUGUAAAAAGAGGUUAUUGAAUCAGCUACGCCUAUUGUGUGGUUAAAACAUGUUUGAUUAGUUUUCUUCGUCAUUAUUUUAAGUUGAUUCUUUGUUUCAUUGUGUAAUUACCACGUUUGUAACGAGACUGUGAGCACAAAAAUAAAAUGGCGACUGAUCAAGUGAAGAACCGCAUGCAUGUUUUCAAGAACACUGGCAAAGAUGUCGACGAAAUGCGCAGGCGAAGAAAUGAAGUAACAGUAGAAUUGAGAAAAAAUAAAAGAGAAGAAACACUACAAAAACGCCGUAAUGUGCCUGUCAGCUACUCGACCGACGAGGAUGAAAUUGAAAGGACCUUGGCGUCCACGGACCUCAAGGAGCUGGUGAUGAACGCAGCGAAUGGCGAGAACCCUGAAGUGCAGCUAGCGGCCGUGCAGCAGUGCAGGAAGCUGCUCUCCUCGGACAAGAACCCGCCCAUCGACGAGCUCAUCGCCACCGGCAUCCUUCCCAUACUGGUGCACUGUCUCUCGAGGGCCGAUAAUCCUACACUUCAAUUUGAAACUGCUUGGGCUAUUACAAAUAUCGCAUCAGGCACAUCGGCACAGACCAACAAAGUCGUGCAUGCCGGUGCCGUUCCCGUCUUCCUUCAACUUCUCAUGUCUCCUCAUGAAAAUGUUUGUGAGCAAGCUGUCUGGGCUCUAGGUAACAUCAUUGGAGAUGGCCCAGUGCUCCGAGACUAUGUCAUUGAGCUUGGUGUGGUAAAGCCACUGUUGAGCUUUAUCAAGCCUGAGAUCCCCAUCUCCUUCCUCCGUAAUGUCACUUGGGUUAUUGUGAACCUGUGCAGGAGUAAGGAUCCACCUCCACCAGUCAAGACUAUUCAAGAAAUUCUUCCAGCACUCAAUGCCCUUAUAACACACAAUGACACUAAUAUCAUAGUAGACACAGUUUGGGCAACCAGCUAUUUAACAGAUGGCGGCAAUGAGCAAAUUCAAAUGGUCAUAGAAUCCGGUAUAGUACCUAAGCUGAUCCCGUUGCUGUCACACAAAGAGGUGAAGGUUCAGACAGCAGCCUUGAGAGCAGUUGGCAACAUUGUGACCGGAACAGAUGAGCAAACACAAGUUGUUCUUAAUUGUGAUGCUCUCUCACACUUGCCUGCCUUACUCUCACAUCAGAAAGAGAAGAUCUGCAAAGAAGCCGUAUGGUUCUUAUCAAACAUCACAGCUGGUAACAAGCAGCAAGUCCAAGCAGUGAUUGACGCUGACUUGUUGCCGAAGAUCGUGGACAACCUCACGAAGGGCGAGUUCCAGACGCAGAAGGAAGCAGCCUGGGCCGUGUCCAACCUCAGUAUCAGCGGGACCAAGGAGCAAGUCGCCGCUCUCAUCAACUGUGGAGUUAUACCGCCCUUCUGCAAACUUCUCAGCUGCAAGGAUACUCAAGUUAUUAACGUUGUGCUCGAUGGUUUAAGCAACAUGCUCAAGAUGGCCGGCGAGAAUGCCGACCAGGUGGCGAACAUGAUCGAGGAGUGCGGAGGCAUCGACAAAAUCGAAGCUCUGCAGAGCCACGAGAAAGUAGAGAUAUACAAAAUGGCCUACGAUAUCAUUGAGCAAUACUUCGCCGGAGAGGAGGAGGACGCGUCGCUGGCGCCGGCGGCGGCGGAGUCCGGGUUCACGUUCGAGGCGGGCGGCGCGGCCCCACACGAGGGCUUCCGCUUCUAGGCCUGCGCCCGCUCGCCGACAUACAGCUCUAUUGUGAUGUUUCAAGUUUUUCAUCUUUGUUUUUCGAUUUCGUAUUGUACCGAGUAACGGACUAAGGACACGAAGUGGAUAGCUUUAAUGUUAAGUGCCGCGUACGCGACGUAUGCGUUUAGUGUAAUCUGCUUACCGAUUUAAUUGAUGCUUUUGAUAUAACAUAGUAUUUAUGUUUCGAUUUUAACUCCGACACGAUGAUAUAGUUGCAGACUCAGAUUUUUGGGACCGGAACGGCCGAGUCCCGGUAUGGAAUUAUGUUGACUUCGACCCAUUUGUAAUGUAUCAAUAUACCAAUAAAUUCUGUCCAAUAUUAUAA